AUGCCAAUAUUUGUUAUGAUGGGCACAGCCGGCUGUGGAAAGUCUAGUGUGGCUCUAGAGAUGGAGAGUCGUUUGGGAUGCUUAUUUAUCGAAGGAGAUGAACUUCAUCCCGCCUCCAACGUACAAAAGAUGGCCAACGGCUACCCCUUAACCGACGAAGACCGUCUUCCCUGGUUGCGUACUAUCCGCGAUGUAUUACUGGAAGAAGCCAAGAAGCGUUAUACUCAUCAAGCUACCAGUGACGCCAGCCGGAUUGGAGCCAUUGUUACCUGUUCUUCGCUCCGGAAGAUCUACAGAGACAUCUUGUCUGAUAUACCUAGCCAUCUUGCUACUGUCACAUUCUGCUAUCUUAAGGGUUCUCCUGAAUUACUGGCUACUCGGAUUGCCGCCCGUCAGAACCAUUUUAUGAAGCCUGGCAUGUUGCAGUCACAGCUCCAAGCAUUAGAAGAACCCGAUUCGACAAAGGAACGUGUGAUUGUGGCUGAUAUUGGAUUUCCUAUAAAGGAGAUUGUAGAUAGUAUUAUGAGCCAAGCUAAAGAGCGUCAUUUGCUGCCAUAA